AUGAAUCAUGGUCCGUACACUCCGAGUCUGCUAUUUCUUCCUGAACAUGCUCAUUCUCAUGUCCCUGGUAAUGAUCAUAAUACUGAUGGAGACAGACAUAGUCCCACCCCACUUCUCCACACGAUACUACAUCUCCAGCCGGAAGCGUCAAGUGGACAUACAGCCAUUCUGUUUCCAUCACGCUAUGACGUUCACGACGCCGCUGCAGAUGACGGUUCAAGUGGAAGCAGGACACAAACGACGUUUAUCUACCAGAGUGACAACGACACGUUCCUGCCGUACGUGUCUCCUGCAAUGAGGAGUCAGUAUGGUGGCUUCCAGAGAGUCGGGGGCAUGCAGGAAGUGUUUGUGUAUUCAGCGACCUUUGACCGCCGUGUUACGCCACCUGAGGUAAAAGCAGUGGUUAUCUCCCCUGGCAGAUUGCUGAACCUGACGUUUCACUGUGUUUUCGGGUCGACAACGUCCGGUGCGUUCCAUGUCCAUGGGGAUUUCAAGUUUAUUCCUGAACCAAAAUGGAAUUACACUUACAGAUCCGGUGUAGUUACCUGCCCUCUACCACACCACGGGGUUCGACCCAAGACUUUAUCCCUGGUCGCACCUGGUGUCCACGAAGCUCUUAAUGUGCUACCCAUCCGGUACCCGCCACACCCGACAUACAACCUGACUCGCUGCUACCCAGCCUUUCACAGCACAUUCAAUGAAGUGUCAACCUUGAUCUCAAACAUAGAAAUCAGCCGAGUGUUGGGUGUGGAGAGAUUUAUUUUCUAUAACUAUGAUAUGAACGACACAGUCAGUAAGGUCUUGCGACAAUAUCAACAAGAAGGCAUUGUGGAGGUGCGCAACUGGUACCUGCCCAUACCCCACGAGUCUAUACACUACUGGGGCCAACUGGCAGUCAUACAUGACUGUCUCUUCAGUCAAACUGGUCUGUCCAGAUUUGUCAUCUUUGCAGAUGUAGAUGAGUUUGUUAUACCAAGAAAGGUUACAUCCAUCGUCCGUCUUGCCGAGUCCCUUCUCUUUGACAAUAGCUUCACGGGUAAAUUCUUCGGUGCUCUGGCUUUUAGGAACGUAUUUUUUCCAGCAAUUCUUCCUGAAACAAACCAGAUUUUUCCCCAGAGAUCUGCAGCAAAGGCGUUCAACAUCGUCCCCCUACUCCAUCUGACCCAUGCACAAGUCCACCGGGCGUAUGAUCGCUCCAAGGUCCUGGUGAUUCCUGAAGCUAUUGAGUUGCUCUGGAUCCACUCAGUGGAGAAGUUCAAGGAGAACUGGAUCCCCAGGGUGGUUGACGGGGACGUUGCGCUGCUCCAUCACUACCGCUACGUCCCCUUCCCCGACAUGAAACAUCCUUGGUAUGACGAUCAACUUCUUCUCCGCUACAGUUCCCUUAUUGUGUCAGCUGUACGGAGGAGAUACUCCAGGUUAAGACAAUUGGGCAUGUUGUAA